AUGGUCUUGGUUGGUUAUCUCCCAAUUCCCAAUCUGGAUUGCGAGCCAAACCCUAAGGUGGCGCAACAAAUGCAAGACAAGCUAUUCAAUGACUGUCUUCAAGAUCUCUUGCAACCACUCACCAAAGCUGAACGAACCGGGAUGGAUGUUGUCUGUGCCGAUGGCGGUGUUCGCCGCAUGUACCCAACCCUCUCUGCCACUAUUGCCGAUUUCCCAGAGCAGUGCAAGAAUGCAUGUACCCGCGGCUUGGGCUGUCCUGUGUGCAUUGUUGAACCGCACGUACGUGGUGAUCUCAACCCAAACAUACCCCUUUGCAAAAAAAUCCCCACCUUGAAUGCAAUUAUCAAACAUUGCAAGGAAGGGUCUCCGAACUUUGAAGAUUGGGGGCUACACAACAUGUGGCCAUGGUGGAAUCAACAUACCCAUAUCAAUAUUGCUACAAUGCAUAUGCCGGACUUACUUCAUCAAUGCCACAAAGGUGUAUUUAAAGACCACUUAGCAAAGUACAUGGUCCCCAAGCUUAUCGGCGACAAGGAAAUUGAUAAACAAUAUGUCUUAAUGCCUUGGCACUUUGGGAUCCGACAUUUUAAGUGCGGUAUCAGCAAACUCUCACGAUCUACUGGCCAAGAAGCAAAGGAAAUGAUGAAAGUCUUUUUACCGGCUACGGCUGGUGCGGGCCCAAAGGCUAUUCAAGCGACUCACGCACUCCUCAAGUUCAUGUACCUUGCGCACUUGUCUACUCUGACCAAUGCCGAGAUAUGCAAAAUGGAUAGACAGCUGGCUGUUUUUCAUAAUGAAAAGUCGGCUUUCAAAUCAUCGCUGAAAACGCCAAAGGGGUUCCAUAAUAUACCUAAGUUUCAUUCACUCCAGCAUUACACGCAUUCAAUCCGCUUGCUUGGUGCCCCCAACGGGUACAAUACAGAGGCCCCCGAGAGACUGCACAUCAACUUAACCAAGGCCGGCUACAAGGCUUCCAACAAAAAUGACGAUACCAAAACAGAGCAAAUGAAGGAAUAUAUUCAGCGUAUGGACGCGUUGGCACUGCAUCGGGCGUACCUGGACUUCAAAUCCAGACCGGAGGGCGAAGACAAUGGGGACAAUUGGAGAGAUAGCUGGAAGGAGUUUGAACUUUUUGACAAAGAAACCGGCUUAUUUUACCAUAUGGACGGAACCGGCAUGGAUGAGUUUGCAACUAAAGAUUACCCUCAAGAGGUUGCUUUGGACUCUGACUCUGACUCCGACUCAGAUGCAAGCUUAGAUGAUGACAAUCUUGAGGCGGGGUGUAUGGUUGAACGGGUGGUAGAUCUUGAACAGGGCUUGCAAGUUCAUAUGGAUGGUGCGCCCAGUCAAGGUUUGGCUAAUGAGGUUAUGGCCUAUUGGCAGGGAACCAAAACCCAUUACCCAAACCCCAAAAUUGUGACUGCCAAACGUGGUGGUCAGCCUGUCACUGUGGAAUACCUACUUGUUUCUCACUCGGCAAGAAACCUUGUCAUUGACAUCUCUAUGUAUCUCAAGCAACUUCGUCCCAAUCUCCCCACACUGACACUCCAACCCGGUACCAAGCUGCGUAUUUGGAAGGUUGCUCAACUAUUUCACCUACCCCUCCCCUUCAAACCGCUUGAACCACCUCAUGUUGAACACAUCCGUGCACGACCAGCCAAGGUUGACCUUAUUGAUUGGGUUCAACGCGCUGGUCAGUUUGAUACCGUGCUUAUACUUGCCUACCCUAACAAGAUAGGUAUUCAUUGUGAGUAA